AAUGCAUGUAAGCGGUCCGCAGGGUCUCUCGAUUUAACCUGCUUCUUACACUUACCCGGCGCUUCUGGACUUCACAUAUUUUCUUUUUGGCAUAUUGGACUCAGGGUGACUGACGAUGUCGCACAUUUGGGUCUUGAGCAAAGGAUCCAGCCUCGGUAGUACACGUUCGCUUCUCAGCCGUGUUAGCUUAUGCUGACACCGUCACGGUACAAAGCGUCAUUCACUUAGCAGGCGCAGCACCAUGAACCUGCUUCGCCUCGUGUGCCGUCAUAAAACAGCCCUGGUCAUUGGGAGCAUUUGCGGCUUCGCUAUUGUCCUCAUCUUUCUGGCUAAAUGUACCUCUGAGACCCUUACACAGGGCCAGCAUGGUCUUCCGGGCCUAGCCCCUCGUGUCCAUGCCUUUCAACCCCGUCCAGAGUACCAUGACCCACCCCCCCGUCUCAAGGAUUUGUCAGCCUUUUUAGUGGUCCUCAUCACAACUGGUCCUAAGUACACAGAGCGCAGGAGCAUCAUCCGCAGUACCUGGUUGGCUAAGAGGGAAUCAGAUGUUCUGGCCAUGUUUGUGGUUGGAACUGAGGGACUUUCAAAUGAGGACCUUCAGAACCUCAACACAGAGCAGGGACGUCACAAGGACCUGCUCUUGUUGCCUGAGCUGCGGGACUCAUAUGAAAAUUUAACGCUCAAGCUGCUGCACAUGUACUCCUGGCUGGACCAAAACGUGGACUUUAAAUUUGUCCUCAAGGCAGACGAUGACACCUUCGCUCGCUUGGACCUCCUGAAAGAUGAACUGAAGGGAAAAGACCCCAGUCGGUUAUAUUGGGGCUUCUUCUCAGGCAGGGGACGAGUGAAAUCAGCCGGGAAAUGGCGAGAAAGUGCUUGGGAGCUUUGUGACUACUACCUACCCUAUGCACUGGGCGGUGGCUACAUCCUCUCAGCUGACCUAGUGCACUAUGUGCACCUCAAUACUGGCUACUUAAAGACAUGGCAGAGUGAGGAUGUGUCACUGGGAGCCUGGCUGGCCCCAGUUGAUGUGCGGCGGACACAUGACCCACGUUUUGACACAGAGUACAAGUCGCGUGGCUGCAGUAACAAGUACUUGGUGACACACAAGCAGAGCUUGGAGGACAUGCUGGAAAAACACCAAACUCUGCAGCGCGACGGCAGGCUCUGCAAGGAGGAGGUCAAACUGCGGUUGUCCUAUGUGUAUGACUGGAGUGUCCCACCAUCACAGUGCUGCCAAAGGAAGGAUGGCAUCCCCUAGUCUCUUGAUGUAUUUUGAUCUUUAUUAUCCCUUUUUUGGCCUUGUUUUGUGGAACCAUGGUUGUGUAUGUGCUCUCCUUAUCAUCAGUCAACAAUGUUAGUGGCCAGAUCCUUUCCUCUGCCUGUGGUCUAUCUGCGUUAAUUGGAGCUUUUAAAACACUGACAGAUGUAUAGGUACACCAUGUCAGGUGGCCCUUUGCCAUGUUUAGAGGUCGACAAUGGAGGGUAAAUUGAUACUUGUCUGUCAAAUAUCUGUUGUCUGUCAGGAUUCUAACAUUUGUUUCUGUAAUGUCUGUUUUUUUUUUGUUGUAUUUAUUGUUAAUUUAUUCUGGACCUGAGACAAAAACGCACACCCGUUCUGUGGUUGAACACAAGCACAGUGGAAGUAGUUGUUGCUUGAAAGCUGACUUUUUUAAUUUAUUAACAUGUUGGGACAGUAGCAGUUACAAAACAGUUCUCACAAAACUAACAGAAUAUGAAUGAUCGUUUUAAAUGCAAAGCCUCUGUUUAAGCUCAGUCGUAUAGAGGAUGUGAGACAAUGGAGUGGUUACCAGGAACAAGGCGGAAAUAUGCAAUGUUCUGCAGGCAGCUUUUGUCUUUGAUGCUAAUCUCAUGCAGGGAGUAAACAGUUAGACAUUGAGAGUCAUGGUCAAUUUUUUGUGUGUUUUUCCUUUCCAAACGUAGUAAUUUUGAUUAGACGUUAUUUGUGAAUGCUUGUCCCACCAUAAUGCAGAUUCCUAAAGAGGAACCUAAUAUAGCCUACCAGCUGGCACUUGGUCACUUUUUUCAACAAGCGAUGUAUUUUUAAUGUCCCUAAAAAAAAAAAAUUGCUCAAUUAUUUUUCCUUCCAUUAAGUUCUCAAGUUUAGUCUUGCCCUGCAUUGUCAAUAGCCAUAUCCCACAACUUUGAGAUUUGUACAACAGCUGGGACCAGCAGGUAUCCUGAGAACUGGUUGAAUAUUUGCAGAUGCUGCAUAGAAAAGCCGCUUUUAUGCUCAUCUUCAUGACUGAUGCUUUCCUUUUUCUAUAGUGAACAGGUUUCAGUGUUUGUUUCCAAAUGGUCCACUGCCUGAAUGUUUUAUUAAAUGUUUUUAUUUAUC